AUGGAGCCUUGCAUGGAGUCCUGCCUGGUGCAGGUGUUGCAGAAGGAUGUUGGGAAACGAUUGCAGGUUGGCCAAGAACUGAUAGACUAUUUCUCAGAUAAACAGAAGUCUGCUGACCUUGAGCAUGACCAGACCAGGUUAGAUAAACUUGUGGAUGGACUUGCUACCUCUUGGGUGAACUCUAGCAAUUACAAGGUGGUUCUGCUGGGUAUGGACAUCCUGUCCUCCCUCAUGACCUGGCUGCAGGAUUGGUUCAAGGCGCAGAUUGGCACAGUGCUGCCAAGUCCAAUAGACAGACUAGGAGAUGCUAAAGACACUGUGAGGGAGCAGGACCAAACUCUGCUGCUAAAGAUCAUGGAUUAA